ACUCAGUUCCGAAAGAAAGCUAAAGUGACUGAGAACGAGUUGAAAAUGAGUAAAAAAGACAACAGUGCCAAUGUUAUCCUCGCUUACCUGAAUGCCCAGAACCGUCCUUACAACGCUCAGGAUAUCUUCUGCAACCUACAAAACCAGCACGGAUUGGGCAAAACGGCUGUGGUCAAAUCAUUGGGGCUGCUUGCUGUGGAGGGCAAAAUUAUAGAGAAGACCUAUGGAAAACAGAAGAUUUAUUUUGCUAAUCAGGCUCAGUUUAGCGAAGUGAACGACACAGACAUAAAGGCCUUGGAUGGUCGCAUCUCAACUCUCAAUGAGGAGAUGCAGACCCUUGGCCAAAGCUGCAGACAGCUGGAUUCAGAGCUGAAGAAACUCACUAGUAGCCUGACAACUCAGGAAAUGAUGUCCGAAAUCAUCAAGCUGAAAGACGAGUGUUCGGGUUAUCGAGAGCGUCUGGACAAGAUCAAGUCAGCGACCAAUCACGUCUCACCAGAGGAGAAAGACAAGAUUCUGAAAGAGCACAACAUAUACGUCAAAGAGUGGCAAAAGAGGAAGAGACUGGCUUCAGACAUGAUAGACACAAUCCUGGAAGGAUAUCCCAAAAGCAAGAAAGAGUUCCUGGAGGAAGUUGGUGUUGAGACAGACGAAGAACACAAGGUGGUCGUGCCGACCCUUUAA